UAUAUAUAUAUAUACUGGGGUUUGGCCUGCCCUACGGACGGUUAGUAAUUUAAUGAAUUACAUAAUAUAUUAUCAAUUUAUUGAUUAUUUCAAAAUGAUUCAUGAACAUUAAAUUGAAAGUAAUCUCUAUUUUCAAUAUGUAUUAUUUGUUAUUUCUUAUCAAAAAUAAUGUUUACAAUUAUAAUGCAAAAGAUUACAAUUAUACAUGUAUUUUAAAUUCUUAAAAUUACAACUAUACAUUUUUAUAUAUUAUUUAUUUUGGGUAAUGGUGAUAUUUUGUUGAAUUGAUGUGUAUUUUUUGAAUAUAUCUGUUGAAAAUUUGAAAUGCUGAUAAAUAAACACCUACUAUAAUAGUUUCAGGGAACCUAACGUUCUGGUUGUUUGUAGUCUUGUAGAGUAAAUGCUGGUGUGAGAAAUUGUAUGUUGUAAGCAUAACUAAAAGUCGUACGGAAGACGAUGAUUUAGGUCAGAAAAGCUGUUGUGGAUUUAUAUAUUAUUUGGUUUUUUCUUCUUGAAACCAUAAACAAAAAAGGUGAAUUCAUUAAAAUAUGCUCCCUUGACUUUUGCGGUCAUUCAUAAUCUGCCAAUCUUACCAUAAGUGAAGUAAUUAAGACAUCACACAUACAUACUCCUUCUGUUUCACAAUAAAAUGUUUCAACUCAAUGCACAAAAAUUAAGAAAUUUACAUUUUUCUAAAAAUAGUUUUAAAAAUAUAAUUUUAAAAUCAUUCAACCAAUUACAUAAAUAAUUACAAUAUUUAAUUGUCUUUCCAAUAAAAUUGAAAAUAAUAUUAAUAUAUCAAAACAUCAUCUAUUAUAAUACAAUACAAAUCUUCUAAAACAUCAUGUAUUAUGAAACGGAUGGAAUAUUAGAUAUAUUUACAUACAUAGAUGAAUCUACUGGAGCAGUACCCAAGAAAGCUGAAAGUGAAUACAAAGGACACAUUAUUUUGUUGUCGUCGAUGACCCAAAUCUAUAUUAUACAAUGCAGCGUGAAGAUAUGACUAUCAUUUACCUACAAAAGAAUUCUGAUUAACAAACAAACUUUUCCUGUGAAUGAUAAUAUUAAGUGGAUUUUCUUUUUCGUCUCUCAUGUUGUUUCAACAUAUACUGACCUGAACCAAGAUGUUUGCUUUUCUCGUUACUUGGACAGUUCUACUUUUGGCCAGUAGCCCAAACAGUAUCUGCAUAAAUGGAAUAGCACUAAUUCAAAAUGAUUAAGAUGAUACAUUUUUAGAUUGAACUUUAGUUGAACUUACCUGUUUGCCAAUCUUUCCGCUAAUUGUUCCAUCUUUUAUUGCAGCUAUCAGCUCAGCCAAUUCUUGAGGAGUUGUUUCACAUCACUGAUAGGAAGUUCUUUUUCUCAAGUUAAGCGAUGAUAUCACUCAUUAGUCAAUUCUCUGCUAACUUCACUUAUAAAAAUGGUCUGCAACCUAAGACAUUCAUUCCAACAACAAUUUUCGCUUCUUGCUGUGAUAUACAAUUAACGAUAUCUUCACAACACUGACAUAAAGGUUAACUUUUUUUUAUCUCACUUGUAGUUUGCUUACAAAACUGUUUUAGCAUAUAUGAGUUACACUUGUGUCAUCUGCUAGGAAAAAGCACUUCUUGAAUGCCUAGACCCAUGGCAUCAUACCUCAUGUGUUUUGUUUCAGGAAGCUCCGAAAAGAAGCUUGUGGAUGCUGUUAACGUAUUCUUGGGCUAGUAUCACUUUUGAAAGAUCAGGUUCUGGAAAUCAGCUAGCCCUUCUUUUUUACUCAUUGUUACUGGUUACUGAACAUGUAUACUCAAGUUAGUUGAUUGUGAAUAUGAUCAAAGAGAAAAGAUAUAGAUUAUGAAACAUGAUGAAAGAUUCUUUAGCUUAGGACAUGAACUCCUUUUUUUCACCGACAGUGUCGGCUCGACCCUGAUUGUAGAGAAACCAUGUAUAUCUCAUUUUCAAUUGCCCUCCUAAUUGCUGAAAACACAUUCAUAUUCUUAUAUACAACUUGUGAACUAACAAAAACUUGAAUCAUCAAGCAGAUACAAUAGAAUGAAAACAUAAUGAGUUGAUCAUACUCCUUCACUUGUUAAACUUAGAAUCUUAAAACCACAAAGAAAAAUUAAAAAGAGUAUUAGGCUUAUGAUUUGAAGGUUCACAAAAAUGGAAAACAUAGGCGGAAUAUGCUAAUAAAAUAUUACGGUAUUACCAUUUUAUCCAGGAGAAGCAUGUACACCUCCCAUGAGCUCAAUUAUUUUCUUCACAUUAAUGGCCUACCAAAAGCAAAGAAGACAUGCAACAACAACCUGAGCAGAUUUCAGGUGAGAGGAGAAGGUGGGAGUUUGCCAAUGUUGGAGCAUGGGUUUGAUAUCGGAAAUAAGGAAUGAGGUGGAGAGAGUGAUGAGUUGCACCGAAGAAAAAAUCCUUAUAUAUAGAGAAGUAAAUUUCUCAGUAACCAUGGAAGAGGAUGAGGUGAAUUGAGUGCGACGUGGGAGGAGUGGUUUAUGUCACGUAGUGGGAGAAGUAGAUUCUUCAAUGACCAUUGGUGCAUGUUCUGUUGAAGCAGCUUGAUUUGAAGGUUUUUAUAGAAUCUUUUUUAUGGGUUUCAUCUGAAUUUAUGGGAAGGAGAUAAUUGAAUUCAUCGUAGUGGGAGAGAUUGAAUGACUGAUUUAAUGGUGAGAAGUAAAGACAACGUCUCAGCGUCUAGUCUAAGCAUUACAGAAACCUGAAGAUGUCGUCUGAGGAUUACAGGGAAUCUCGACAGAAGUAGGGAAACGCAGGAGGAGAGUAGACUUAGUGCGUGAUUGGCAAAGCGGAGCAGGGAGGAGCAGCUGACAGCAGCUGAAGCAGGAGCGGGGAGCUGUGAGCUGUGGCAGUAAGCUGUUAACUUGAGCUGUGAACGAGAGCUCAAAAAUAAAAUCUAUUUUUAAUUUUGUUAAAAUAAAGUAUUUACUCUAUUUUAGUUAUAAUAUAAAUAUUACAAGAUAUGAACUAGCAUUAAAAGUAUUAAAAAAAUAAAAAAAUUAGUAAAAAAUAAAAAAAUAUUAAAAAAUAAAAAAUUACUAGAAAAUAAAAAAAAAUUAAAAACAUGAAUUCAAUCUAAAAAUGUGAAUUAAAAAAGAUCUAUCUUCUUCCUCUCCAUAUUUCUUCUGCAAUGUUGUUUCGAAUACCCGCCAUAUAUGCAUCUCCUGUAGGAACAUAAGUCGUUCUUUGAGUUCCAGCAUCACCAUCAUCAUCUUCAGGAUCUCAUAGUUCAAACAUCUCAUUUUCUGUUUGUUCAUACUCUUUAAAAUCUUCAUCAUUUCUUGUUGAUUUCCGUAUAAAGUUAUGUAAUACCAUUGUCGUAACGGCAAUCUUACAUUGUGUUUGAAGAUUCUAGUGCGCUGGAUUUCUGAUAAUAGCAAAUUUUCCUUUCCACACCCUGACAGUUCGCUCAAUCACAAAGAAGAAUGACGUUUGUUAAACAUUUCAUUCUCAUUUGUAGGUUGUCCCCCUUGCCAUUGAUGCGGAUGAUAUGAGUUCGACGGUACGGAGCAAGAUAUUCGCUCCUAUUAGGGUAUCCUGAAUCUGCGAGAAAAUAUUUUCUUUCAGGGGGAGUUGGAAAAAAAUGAUCGUUCUGUGCACAAUAUGUCAAUAUCUUCGAAUCAUGUGCUCUUCCUGGUGUUCCCACAUAUGUAUAUAUAAACUCCAUUUUGAAGUUACAUAUCCCAAGCACAUUCAUGGUAGGAUGUUGCUUCUGUAAAUUCUAAUACUUUUCUUUUUUUGUCAGAUCCAACUUGCACUGACACAUGUGUACCAUCAAGAGCUCCUAGCAACCACUGAAGAAAGGAUGGUACCUUGUAUCAGAAGAGAGGGUGGUGCUUACUUGUCGAAGUUCAUUUUCUCCAGGCUUUAUAAUAUCUUGAGACAUUUGAACGAGUGCAUCCAAAACUUCAUGAAACUUUCUAUUCACUGUCUCUUGAUUGCGUUGAUAAUGUGUUGCAAUUGUUCGUUGGACUUUAUCAUGUGCAAUAGUUUCAAGAAAAAUUGCAACAGUCUCUUCUAGACCACAUCAUGUGCAACAGUUUCAAGAAAAAUUGGUUCGAUUUUAACGGAUUUGAUUCGAAAGUUUACGAAUAUCCAGAAUUUUUGGAUCGAAACAGAAUAAUGAAUCGAAUCAAAUUUGACGGGAAAAAUGCCCAGCCUUAACCUUUUUAUGGGGUUUACCCAAUAAGGUUGCUCUCAGAUAUUCUUUAAAAAAAAAGUAGUUCAAAAAAAAAAAAGAUAUCCUUAAAAUUUGUUAUAACCUUCGACAUUCUUGAACUUGGUGUCCAAACAUUUUAUUUCCUUACAAUAGUAUUCGCUUAAUGUUGUGUUUAAUGUGAACUUGAAGUCCAAGGCUUUUUACUCUAAAUCUAUCUCCAAGACAAUACGGUUGAGAACUUUGAGAAACAAACCCAAGAAAUUACCAAAGCAGUAUAGAAAGUUUCGAGAAAUGUCUCAACUCCUCAGCCGAGUCGGGAAGCCCCUUGUCUGCAAAAACAUCCUCGUAAGCUUUUCUUUCGUUUUUGUUAAUUCAAUGUGGUUCUUCUUGUAUGAUUAAGUCAAGGUAUUAAUAAAACUACACAUGGCAGAGACACAACAUUAACGUGGUUCGAUGGUGCUCGUCUAUGCCACCCUACCCCUAAUAAAACUACACAUGGCAGAGACACAACAUUAACGUGGUUCGAUGGUGCUCGUCUAUGCCACCCUACCCCUAUAUGUUACUAGACUACAUGCUUAAUCUCGCAGAUUCAUGGAAAGAUUCUUCUGACGGUCACAUAACCAUAGGGAAAUGCUCUUCUAAGGAGCAAAAACACAUCGAAAUUAAAACUUCAGUUAUCACGGAUGAUGUACGUAACGUGAUGUCUCUAGGAUAUUACAAUGGUGCACUCACACUUGGCAUGUUGGAGAAGGAAUACCUCACAAGCACCAAUAACGUGCGUCUCUACAUCAAAGACCGUGAGGGUUCGACUACCUCAUCUACCCUCGGGCUCCGUGAUCCAAAACAUUGCCAUGUCUUCUCAUCCUGACCUAGACAAUGAAGAUUGGGUUGUGGCAAUCAAGUUCAAUGUCCCACUGAAUCAAUGUGGACCAAUGUCAAAGCAAUGCCUCGAGUCUCAUGUAUUCUAAGAAAGAUCAAAGGUUCUACGUUCCAACUCCUGGAUCAGAUUACUUUUACUCCUUGGAUCCUAACUCCAAGGAGAAUGACCAUCCCGAGUUCGUUGACAUGUUUCCUGACUAUCUUCCUGAAGAGCAUUUGGAUCACGAUGCGGACGAGAUAAACUCGUGUGCCACAACAGUCCACUUUGUGGAGGUAGCUUCAGGCGAACAAUUCUUCGUCAAAUGGUAUAUAUCCCUAUUCUUCUUUAUUAUUGUUUUUUUUUGUAUCAAAAACCUCAAACUCUUUCUGAGAUUUUGGGAUUUAUAGGUGAUUUAAUAAAGAUUUUAAUAAAAAAAUCUUUUAAAAUAAUUUCAGGGUCUAUGUUUAUGUAAAUUAUCUCUGAAAAUUUAGAGAUUAUAGGCUAAUAUUUCAUUUGGCUAUGCUUAAUACUGGUUUUUCUCGUGGCCUUGCGGGUGAUUACUAUGGGUUGGUUUCCUAUUGCACAACAGAUAACAUACAUGUAUGUAUUCAUGUGUGUUUCAGGUUCUUUAAGGACCAGCUUGAGAUAGACGACAAAGGGUUGGAACAAGUUACCAGAAGAACAAGGCAGUUCAUGGUGUAUAGAGCAGAGGAUCAUCCUCGUAUAGAAGAACAUCGUAAAGAAUUGUCAUACACAGAAGACAUUGGAGACUUCUGUAUCUUUCUUGGACAAGGUGAACCUUUUUGUGUCCGAGCUAGCAUGCAUCCUGGUCUCAGAGCUAAUUACAUCUAUUUUUCGGGAUAUAACUUAUUAACUUUGGUGCUUAUGACAUCACCAACAGAUGUUGCAAUAUCUUUUACACUAAGUUAUACAAUAAAGGGUGUGUACCAUUAAGGUCCUCUGAGAGCAUCCGCAAUGGUGAGGCUCACCGUGGAGUCCUUAGACUUAUUUUACUAUUUUUUUUCUUUUUUCAAAUAGUUAAGGACUCUAAUCCAAUAUGUAAGUCCAAUGGUGAGUCUCACUUUUGGAAUCCUUAUUAAUAAAAAAAUUAUAUUUUUUUAAAAAGUGAAAUUAAAUUUUUUUAUUUAUAACAUGAUUUAUUAGAAAUUUUAAAAGUGGUUUCUAUAAGUUAUUUUUUUCAUUUUUUUUUUCAAUUUUCUAUAGCAAUUCUAAUCUUUAAAUGAGUUUUAAAAGAGGUUUCUAUAAGUUUUUUAAAAUUUUUUUUUUCAAGUUUCUAUAGCAAUUCUAAUCUUUUAACGAGUUUUAAAAGUGGUUUCUAUAAGUUAUUUUUUUUAAUUUUUUUCAAGUUUCUGUAGGAAUUCUAAUCUUUUAAUCAAUUUUAAAAGUGGUUUCUAUAAGUUUUUUUUUUAAUUUUUUUUUCAAGUUUCUAUAGCAAUAUUUCUAAUCUUUUAAUGAGUUUUAAAAGUGGUUUCUAUUAGUUAUUUUUUUUCAAGUUUCUAUAGCAAUUCUAAUCUUUUAAUCAAUUUUAAAAGUGGUUUCUAUAAGUUAUUUUUUUUUUAAAAAAAAAUUCAAGUUUCUAUAGCAAUUUUAAUUUUUUAAUGAGUUUUAAAAGUGGUUUCUAUAAGUGAUCGGAAGACGUUAGCUCCGAUGAUGAUCGGAAAAGAGCUUGCCAUGUCACUAAGGAUUUGCUCCUUAAAACCUCUUAAUUUAGGAUUGCUCCUUACCAAACUGAGCUUAGUUAAUAUUAUUUUAUUCCAAUUAGCCUAGGAUUAUGUGCUAAGGACCCUCAAAAUACACCAUUGCAGGUGGUCUGAGUUCCCUUACUGGCCUCACCCCCUUUCUCUAGAUUCGUAAUCAAUAUCGUUUGGUUAUGUUUACAAGCUUUGUGUUUUUUCUUCUACAUUUGUUUAAUAAACUUAUAUUUAUGUUUUGUCCCAAAAAAAAAAGUAACUUAUAUUUUAUGUUUUGGCUCAAUUUAUAGCUACAUCAAUUCCUUUUUAACAAGUGUAAGUCCAGAGAAGGAAAAGAGCAAAUUAAACGUGCAAAAACAUAUUAAUCUACCUGUGUUUGUUUUUGUUGAUAACGUUGGCUCUUUAUCUAAGAAAUAAUCCAUUUCUCUAAUAUACUUUCAUAACUGUAGUCUCUUUUCUUUUUAUCAACUCACAUUUAAUUUAUUUAAUAAAAUAUUUCAUGUUAUACCAAACAUAUUUAUAUAUAAGUUUAUUGAUCAUAUACGAGUUUAAUUUGGGAUGGUGAUUCGGUGGCACACCAAUUACGUUUAUAAAAUUACUAUGAUAUAUAAUUUAAUGUUUUUAUUUAUCCAUCACAUAUUCAUAUUUAUGAAAAGUUGAAUCUUUAUAAUUUCUGAUCAUGUAAAUAAAAAUAACAAAAGUAGGAUUUUUAAAAAUUUAACAAAUAUACAUUACAACUAGAUGUUCGUCCGCGCAUGCAUGCAUAAAUAUUUUAUAAUUAUUUAUUAAUAUAUACAUUACUAAUUAAAAGACAAUAAUGAUAAAUUAUUAUUAGAUAAAAAAAUAUAAAUUAUUAUUAAUGUUUUUCUUUAAAAUUCUUACAUAAUAGUAUAAUUUUUUGAUAAAUAAAUCUUAAAAAUCGUUCAAUAUUCUUUUCAUAUAUAUAAAAUAUAAAAAUUUACUUGAUUAAUAUUUAGUUAUAUGUUUUCUGUUUUUUAACCUUUGAUUAAAAGUUUUUUUUUCAGAUCUUCUAGAAAAAUUAUUCCUUCCUUUGUCUUUUUGACCUUUAUUUUAUCAUAUUAUUCUCACGUGUAUAUAUAACACACGCAAACCCCAUAACCACAAUCAUGAAUGACUUUUUAAAGAAAAUAAAGAUCAAAUGGAGAAAUCUGAAAAAGUAGCUUACGUUUCUGUUUUGUCUCUUCUCUCGCUCUCUCUUCUUCUCCUCAUCAUCUUCCUCUUCUUAUUAUGCAGAAAGAAACCGGUCCGGUCCGACGAACCUCUCCUUCCAGAAUCCAAACCGGUCGGUCUAGCUUAUCCCUUAACGGAAAUAGAUUCAGCAACCGACGGCUUCAACCAGCGACGAAUCAUCGGCAGCGGUCGGUUAGGUACGGUUUACGCCGCGGUUAUUCCAACGCACAAAAACCUAGUCGCGGUCAAAAGAAUACAUCCCGGUUUGGUUUUGAGUAAACCGGGUUUCGGUUUCUCCACAAUCCUCAAAACGCUUUCUUCCUCUCUUCACCCCAACGUCGUCUCGAUCCUAGGCUUCUCGGAAGCUCCGGGGGAGAGGAUCGUCGUGACUGAGUUCAUCGGAGAAGCGAGAAGCUUGAGCGAUCACUUGCACCACGGAGAUCCCGAUCUCGAAUUCGAUUGGCGGAAACGUUUUAAAGUCGCGGCGGGAGCGGCGAGGGGUUUGGAGUAUCUGCACGAAGUAAUCGUCCACGGACGAUUCACGUCGUCGAACAUACUCUUAGAUGAUAAGUUCACGGCGAAGGUUUCGGAUUACGGAUUCGCGUUUUUGAUUCCGCGUGAGAAGUCGGAGAUCCAUUGGUACGUUGAAGAAGGAUACUGCAAAGAAAGCGAUGUGUAUGGAUUCGGCGUCGUUUUGCUGGAGAUUCUGAGCGGGAGGAGAAGCGAAAACGGAUUGAUCGUGAAAUGGGCGACGCCGUUGAUCAAGGAGCAGAGAUUCGCUGAGCUUUUGGAUUCGAGAGUGGUUGUUCGGAGUGAGAUCAAGUGUUUGGUGAUAAGGUUAGCGAAGGUUGCUUUGGCCUGCGUCGGGAACUCGCGGAGGAGCCGCCCAACGGUUUCUCAGGUGGCAGCGAUUUUGAAUAGUUUGGAGAGGGAAGGAGGGGUUGUUUGAGUAAUUUCCAAAAGUUUUGGGGGUUUUUACGGAGAAGAUUAAGAAUGUUAUAGUAGGGGUAGGAUGAUUAAUUCUGUAAAUUAUAUUUUUUCACGCCGUGCUCGUACAUUAACGUAUUGUUUGGGUGUUUAAUCGGUUUCAUGUGAUUUAAUUAAAUCUCUGUUGAUGAUUUUAUCAGCAUCAAUCUAUUAAUAAUUCUCAAAUUCUAGAUUAUUUGUAUUAUAAAUAUUUGCGUGCUAUGUCCGAAAUAAAUCAUAGAUAACGAAGAUUUAUAAUUAAAAUAUUGUAGGUGUGUACGAAAGAAUAUUUAACGCACCGGGUUUGAUACUUUGACAAUACUUGAAAGCUAGAUUUCGUCAAAACUGGACGGUGGACCUAAUUUUACACCUUCUGGAACAAGUCAGUUUUGAUAUUUUUGGUGAAGAAGUUUGGUAGGUUUUUAUUUAAUUUCUGUUGGGUGUAAUUCAGUUUUGAUUCAUGCAAGUUUGCAUCAGAGUUUUACUGCUUUAUUCAGAAUUUAUCAUUUUUUGGGUAAUUACUGCUGAAUUUAAAUAGCAUUUGUAAACUGUAAUUUUUGUAAAGUAACGUAGACUGUUGGUUGCUGAGUAUAGAAUCAUUUAGAUUUUGGUUUCCAGUUGAGCUGUUAUGAAACAAAGGUGUUAUUCUGAAGAGUGAAAAUGUAACCUGAAAAUAUGUUAUGCUUAUAUAGCAUUAGUGAUUUUGUUUUUCCAGAAAACCAAAGAUUGAUUAAAAUGAUAUUGAAAAAAACAACUUCAAAGCUAAGAAAAUUAUUAAAUAUCAAACAUUAAUAAUUCAAGAUUAGGAUGGGGGCGGAACCCAUACGCCAUGCCCAACCCAAACUUGAUUUAUUUUUUCUAAGAAUUUCUCAAUCACAGUUGGAGUAUUUUAGCCGAAGAACCGUUCUACAUUUUCUACACAUAACCUAAUUCAACAAUCAUUCAGAUUAACCCGAGUCCACAUAUGUAAUAGUUUAGUUAACUAUAGUCAUCCCAAUAACUAAAUUUCUUCUCUCUGCGUCACAUCACAUAGUUUUCAAGUCAGGUAUAAAAGAUAUACAUCUUAUCAUAAAGUUUUUAAAAAAUCCUAGAAACAUUCGGUAAGACCAAAUUAGUCAAUGCGGCGUGAAGAGUAAAAUCCAAAGCAAUCGGUCGAACAACUUAACAUAAUUCUGAAAAGGAGAAAAAGUCCCAAAACCAAACCGACUCAAGCCCUACACAAAUAACAACCUUAACACAAAGACACACUCAUACACUCUUAAUACAUAAGCCACAACCCGGAAAAUGGUUAUUUUGUUUUUCAACUAUUUACUAUAUUUAAAGCUAAAUUUUCAUUUUUACCCUCAAUUUAAUGAAAAGUAAAAGACAUUUAUAUUUUUAAGAUUAACUAAUAUAGACUUAAGGUUUAGAAUUGAGGAGUGCGUAAGGUUUUUAGAAUGUGAAAUUUAGGAUUUUAAUAAAUAUAUAAAUAAAUACUUAAAAAUAUAAUUUUUUUUAAAAAAAUUCAAACAUAAUUUUUGAUUUUCAAAAAGAAAUUUCGAGAAAAAAAUUCAAAAAAAGAAAUUCAAAAAAAAAAUUAUAAAAAGUUCGAAUUUGAAAAAAUAUAAUUCGAAAACAUAAAUUUUUCUAGUUUUUAUUUAAAUAAUAAUUUAUUAUACAUAUAGAGAACAAUGAUAUAAGAGUCUUUUUUCAUUUAAUGAAAAAAAUAUUUUUGAAAAUAUCUCUUUAGUGGUUGUAAAGAUAAAAGUGGUACCAUGAAAAUGGUAAACAUGAUUUUUUCUCAUAUUUAAAUAUUAUUUACAUAAAAUUGAACUAAUUGUUAUCUACUCGAUUACGAAAUAGUUAACGUUGACAAAUAAAUAGAAAACUAACAUUUUCCGUCAAUUGUUUAACAAAUAAUUUUAAAUUUCAAUUUUGCUGUUAACAAUUAGUAUUCGAAUAAUUUUGUGCAGUUAAUACUCAUAUAUUAAAUUUGCAGAUUGUAAAUAGUUGAGAAUAAAAAUUAUAAUUUUUAGCAAUGAUCCAUAUAAAUUUGCAAGUCAAAAUAUUAAACAUUUUUUAAAAAAUUGAAUUAAGAAAAUUUAGCAAUUUGAAUGUAACCAAUAUAUCAUUCUAAGAUUCAUCUUUUGAUACGUCUUUGCAGUAUUUACUUGAGAAAUCUAUAUUGAGGAAUACAUUAACCUCUAUUUUAGAUUUGCAUGGACGUAAAAAAAUAUUACAAGACAAAUAUAUAUGUAUCAUAUUGCUUAUGCACAACAAAUGAUUGUCUGAACAAAGAUCCAGAAGUAUCUAUCGAUGAUCUUACAAACAUGAAGUACAACGUUAUAUCUAAUGCUGGUAAUAUUAGAUGUUUUGCAUUAUUUAUAUGUAACAUAAAAGUUUAUAAGCUUCUUCACACUAAUAUUUGUUUGUGCUCAAAAAUAACAAAAAUAAAAGUAAGAAACUAAAAUAUUGUAUCAAAUGUAAUAUUGGCCACCACUAGUGUAUAUAACAUUUAUGUACUUUACAUUUGUAAGAGCAUCAUUAGUGGUGCAGUACCUCCACAAAGUGUAUAAUCAAUUUAAUAUCUCAGCAUUCUUCUCAACUUUCUUUAAGAACAAUCGUUUCUCCAUUUUAUACUCUUUCUACUUUUUUGGUUUUAAAAUAAUUUAAUUGCUGAGAAUCAUAGGAAGAAAGCAACUGCUAAGAUCACAUAUAUAAAUGGUCUUGGAUUUAUGCUUUAGACAAUUAUAUGAUGUGUGUUUAGGCGCUAGUCAGGCUCUCUAAGAUAUCUAGAAAUCCGGAUCAUCAAAAAAAAACAUUAUAUAGUGUAUAAGUGUAUUAGCAAAUAUGAACAUAUGUAAUUAUCGAGUAAUGUUCUAUAUGUUCUUGCAAAAACCUACAACUUUUAUUUUUCCAACUAUGCAAUCAACAUAUAAAUAUCAAAAUAUUAUUUACGGAAAAUUAUCUUCGAAUAAAUUGUUAACGGUUCAAAUUUACGUUUAGCGAUUAAUUAUCACAUGCCCAAAUUUAUAGUCACCAAUUAAUCUAAACAUAAUUUACACAAAAUAUAUUUAGAUAUUAAAUGUGCUGACUGCAAAUUGUUAGAGAAUAAAACAUCUAUUUCCCUCGACAAUCCAACGCCAAAUAUUUUCAUAAAAUAAUAUUGGAUUUUUCAAACGGUAUCUCUCAAAAUAUAAACCCAAAUUAUAAUAAUAUUUAAUUUAAUUGUCGUUAAAAGAUUUAAUAACUCAU